UGUGUUUGCGUACGAUCGCCCAGGCAGAAAGGAAAGAUGGCCGCCUGUGCACUACGUAGAGGGUUGCUUAGUGGUGUCAGCAAAUACAGCAGAAAACACUCCCAUAGAAUACUGAGUGUCACUGACAUUAACAGCAGCUUUGAGGUGUACAAGCCACGGUUACAAUGCCGAGCCUGCGGGUUGCUCGGCGGUGUUCAACAAAAGAGGUUUAUGUCGUCACGGAACAGGCCUGAAGGAAAGAUUUUGGAGCCUGUCGGUGUGUUUGAAGCAGUGAAGCAGCAUGGGAAAUACGAAACGGGACAGCUUUUUCUCCACAGUGUGUUUGGCUACAGAGGCAUCGUCUUGUUUCCGUGGCACGCCCGCCUCUAUGACCGGGACAUCACCCCUCCGGUGUCCGACAGCAAACCCGAGCCGCCCGGAGCCCACGGCUCUAAGGAGGUGAAGGGGAAGACUCACACCUACUACCAGGUCCUCAUUGACACCAGGGAUUGCCCUCACAUAUCUCAGAGGUCUCAGACUGAGGCUGUGACAUUUCUGGCCAACCAUGACGACAGCAGAGCCUUGUACGCCAUCCCAGGCCUGGACUAUGUGAGCCAUGAAGACAUCCUGCCUUAUAACUCAGCAGAGCAGGUCCCAAUCCAGCAUGAACUGUUUGAGCGCUUCCUCAUGUACAACCCGGCAAAAUCUCCCCCAUUUACACCCAGAGACACCCUGAAGGCCUGGCAGGAGAAGAACCACCCCUGGUUGGAGCUGUCCGACGUCCACAGGGAGACCACAGAGAACAUCAGGGUCACCGUUAUCCCCUUCUACAUGGGAAUGAGGGAGGCCCAGAACUCCCACGUGUACUGGUGGCGCUACUGCAUCCGCCUGGAGAAUCUGGGCAGCGAGGUGGUUCAGCUGAGAGAGCGGCACUGGAGGAUCUUCAGCCUGUCGGGAACCCUGGAGACGGUCCGGGGCCGAGGCGUCGUAGGCAGGGAGCCUGUGUUAUCUAAAGAGCAGCCAGCCUUCCAGUACAGCAGCCAUGUGUCUCUACAAGCUCCCAGUGGUCAUAUGUGGGGAACGUUUCGUAUUGAGAGAACCGACGGCUCCCACUUCGACGUCAGGAUUCCCCCCUUCUCUCUGGAGAGCAACAAAGACGACAAAGCGCCCCCUGCUGGCUACACAUUCUAACUGGCACUGGCUGGCCACCACGCCAGUUCCCAGCUGGGUCAUCUCUGCAGUUGCCCUUCCUCUGUGGCCCUGCCUCAGCAUUCAGUCAAUUUCAGUCACAAAGAGACUUUAGGAGUGUCGACAUAAUCCAAACUCCGGCCGUCAGGCUGCACCCAGCAGCUGUGUGGGAUCGAUUAAGUGACAGAGUGGAAACUCACUCUGCUGUUCUGUGCAUUCUUGAGACACGGACACUUGGGUCAAACGUAGAAUUACUGCAGAUUUGGUUCUGACGGGCAAUUACUGAAACACUGACCCGACUAUUUGUAAGUGGGAGGAUUUCCUGCUGAGCUUCUGGUUUGAGAAAACGGAGGGGGACUCAAAUUGAACCAGUAAGUUAUUUCUUAUUUGCCAGCUGAAAACUGUUCAUCCCUCUGUUUUCAUCUGUUUUGGGUUAUAACAUUUAUUUUACCUGGACCCUUUUCUUCUCCUCAUGCUUUAUAAGCAUCAGACUACCUGGUUCGGAGUCGUGCAAGAGUGACACAACAGUGAAGCACAGUGGACAUCACUACUUCCUACUAAACAAGCAUAAAAAUAAUGAAAUGCAAUCCUGUCACAGUAACUUCUAGUAAUUGAACUCAAAGUACAUAUUUAAUAUUUUCUAGUAACUUUCACACAGUUGGAAUGCAACUACCAACAGGGUUUGUGUUGCAUAGCCAUGCUAUUUCCUUUAAAAACAUUAAUUAUAUUCCUGAUUGUUUUGAUUUUCAUUAGUUUAUAUUGGAGUUAAAAUGUGGCUUCAAGUUUCUAAUAACAGCCAUUAGAUGAAUUGUAUUGCAUCUGUUGUUGCUGCCUUUGCGUGCCUUUGGAAGGUCCUCUCUGUUUUUAGUUUCCCCAGGAAUCCUGGUGAGGUUUCUGCUCACAGCUAUUUUGUUCUCUCCUUCUUGUUUGUCUAACUUUAGACACACAACAGAAGAAAUAUUUAGCUGUAAUACGUUGUGCAAAUUUGAAUCGGGCUGAUCUAAACACUUACCUGUUGGAAGGUGGUUAUUAUCAUUAAAUUAGAAAAAUGAAGAUGUCCACUGUGGUUUAGUGUUAUCGAGCUCUAGUAUUGUCCACUGAGUGCGUUGAUGGCCAAAUGUAACCCCCCUCCUGCUCAAGGCCAGGAUUUAUACUCUUGGAAUAACAGAAAUCGCGCCACAAAAACGAGAGAAGCAGCAUCAGAGGGGGACAGGUUUGAACUUUUGUGUUUUAAGAGACGCGCCUACCAUUUUAUGGAUGUCGUUGGCUGUUUUUAACUUUGAGAGGGAACGAGAGAUGAGCCUAAACACUUCCCCCUUAACGUGAAGAUAGAAGCUAACUUUGCUGCUUUAGUGAGCGAUUUGAAGCAACUCUGACGUUUGAAAUACUGUAAAUAGAGAUGUAAUUAAAAGUAAAGGAAAUAAACCUUUUCAAAAAUGUC